AUGGUAAGGCAAAACCGAGACGAGCUGCUGCAGCGCUUACAGAAAUACCGCCAGAAGCUCGCUAACAUGAGGGGCUUGGUCAUCUUCAUCUUCGCGCUCCUCGGUCUCGUCUACGGCGCUCCGACCGCCACCGGGGGCCAAGAAUUCGACCUCGACGAUAUUCUUCCAGAUGAGAUGUCGAGUAACUUCAUGCUCGUGGCGAAGGGCAAGAGCAAGCCGAAAACACUGAAAGAGGCUCUAGAGGCGCUGAAGCCGUACAGUGACACGUAUGAGAAGGUGACCACCCUGCUCACAGCCUACAAGAAGCGCUACGCCGCCCUGACGCCCGGCGCCAAGAAGAUGUUCGAGGAUACGUUUGGCGCCGGUGACUGGGAAACGUUGGAUUGGACGACCUUGAACCAGGAGACGAUGGCCCCGAAAUUUGGCCGCGCCUUCAAGGCGGCUACUGAUGAAGACCGGAAAUCGCUCCAAACCCAGUUCCCGUUGGCUUACAAGAUCAUCACCGAACCCAGCCUCAUGGUGCGGCUGAAGCCCGAGUUCAUGGCGAAGGUGCAACGGUUCCGUGCGCAAGCCGGCCAC